CCUCCAUGCGGCAGAUUUCCCUCGAAAUUUCAAUUUGUGUGCAAGUUUUAUCGUGAAUAAUGUAUGAAGAGGAAGAUUGGGAUGCAGAAUUAGAGGGCGGAACAACAUCAACUAUAACAGUAAAACCUCAGUAUUGUGCUUGGGAUAACACCUACACUCAGUCUCCCUCUGGCAGUCAACGGCAUUCACCACAGAAAAUGCAACCUGAAAGUUCAAACGGAUUUGUACGGUCACGGGGCAGAGGGAAUUGGUCUACAGGGAGAUCUGACAGAAGUGACUGGCGAAAUCGUGACGAGGAAGAUUCUUUUGAAAGCAGAGGGUUUGGUCGAGGGGAUAGAGGGCGGGGUAGAGAAAAUGGGCAUCGCGGAAGACGGGGAGGAUCAUUUGGUGGUGGACGGUCACAGAGAAAUGAGAGCAGUGAUAGAUCAAAUGGAAAUAGCUCAGCAGUGUAUGUUGAAUCCUCCCUAGUAGGAAGAAUCAUAGGCAAAGGUGGAUCUAAAAUCAGAGAAUUACAGGACAACAGUCAAGCAAGAAUUCAGGUUACGAGAGAAGAAAAUGAUGACGGAGAGAUUAAGGUGGAUAUAUCAGGAUCUCCCGAGGCCAUAGCAAAAGCUAAAGAACUGAUAGAUGAAACUAUCAACCCAGUGAGCAGAGUGACAAAAUCUUUUGGAAGGAUGAACACUGAUCAAACGGAUUCCAGCAAUGGCAGUAACCCAGCACCGAUGAUAAACUGGGCGAUGAUACGAGCCAAUAAGGAGGCCAAUGAGAAAAUAAAAUUUGAAGGUCUCCCAGAAAUAAGAAAGAAUUUCUAUAUAGAAGAUCCAGCUGUAGCUAACAUGCAUCCAGAGGAGGUGGCCCACAUAAGAAAGACAAAUAACAAUGUUAUUGUGAAGGACCUGAGUAAAGAGGGAAAUAAAAGGAUCCCUAAUCCAGUCAGAACCUUUGAGGAGGCUUUCCAACAUUACCCUGAAAUUCUGGACACCAUUUAUAACCAGAAUUUUAAAGAACCAUCACCCAUCCAGAAACAAGCAUGGCCUGUGCUGUUACAAGGAGAUGACUUGAUAGGAAUAGCACAGACUGGAACAGGGAAAACUCUGGCAUUCUUAUUACCAGCAUUUAUACACAUAGACCAGCAGCCAAUACCACGAGAGGAGAGAGGUGGACCAAAUGUCUUGGUUUUAUCACCAACUCGUGAGUUAGCUCUACAGAUAGAGGCAGAGGUUAAGAAAUUCCACUACAGAGGAAUAAAAAGUGUUUGUGUAUAUGGGGGAGGAAACAGACGGGAGCAGAUUAAUGUUGUGACCAAAGGAGUAGAAAUCAUUGUUGCCACCCCAGGGCGCUUGAAUGACCUUGUCAUGAACAAGAUUGUAGAUGUCAAGUCUGUAACUUACUUGGUUCUGGAUGAAGCAGAUCGAAUGUUAGACAUGGGGUUUGAACCAGAAAUUAAGAAAAUUUUACUGGACAUUAGACCAGACCGACAAACGGUCAUGACAAGUGCUACUUGGCCACCGGGAGUCAGAAGAUUAGGAGAGAGCUACCUCAGGGACCCCAUACAAGUGUUUGUUGGCUCCCUAGAUUUAGCAACUUGUCAUUCUGUCACACAGUAUAUAGAAAUUGUUGACCAAGAAGAAAAGAAGGAGAGGGUUGUUAGAUUUAUAUUGGAGGAAAUGGAAGAGGAAGAUAAAGUCUUGAUUUUUGUGGGUAAAAAACUGACAGCUGAUGAUCUGUCCAGUGAUUUAUCUCUGAAAAUGAUCAACUGUCAGUGUAUUCAUGGAGAUAGAGAACAGUGUGAUAGGGAGCAAGCUUUAGAAGAUUUUAAGCAGGGACACACAAGGAUCCUUGUGGCCACGGAUGUUGCUUCCAGAGGUCUUGAUGUAAAAGACAUUACACAUGUUUUUAAUUAUGAUUUCCCUCGGAACAUGGAGGAAUAUGUUCACAGAGUUGGUAGAACCGGUAGAGCAGGUAAAACGGGUAAAUCCAUUUCUCUGUUAACGCGUUCUGACUGGAGGUCUGCGACUCACCUGAUCGAGAUUCUGGAGGAGGCUAAUCAGAUCGUGCCAGAUGAGCUGGCAAGUAUGGCAGAGAGAUAUGAAGCUCACAAACAGAAACUCAACGAGGAGCGUGCCAAUGGUAUAUUUCGUCCUCGGGGUGGGGGAAGAGGUCGACGGAGAGAGGAAGGGGUAUACCUAUGUAUGGACGGCGUACCGUGAAGUCCCCAAUGUUUAGUCGUAGGAACCUUGCAGAAGUAAAAAGUCCAUUGUGCCAAAAUGAUGACAGUAAAUGCCUAAAUCCAGUAAUUACACACUUGUAAAUCUUAAAGUGUGCGAUACUUUGUACUAACCUGAAAUUUAAGUCGUCGCAAAUGGACCAUAUAUUGUUAUUUUUUUGUUUGAGAAAAUUGAGUACAUGUAUCUCAUUCUUUUUUAUUUUUGAUGAAACAUUCAGAUAAAUGUAUUUUACCAAUGAUUAAUCAAAAGCAUGUAGUUUGUUCUCAGUGUACCUAGGCUUUAAACAUCAGAUGAACAUUGGUGAUUAUUAAUAUUUAACGGAUAGCUUUUGUUUUAUAUUCUGUUCCAAUACAAAUGCAUUACUACGACAUGUAUGUACAAGUAAUAAUCUUUAAACUGCUUUAGUUUCUCCAUCAUUAUUGCCACAAAAAGGAUUAAAUGACAUUAAGGCAGUAGUUUUAUAAUGAAUUAUAAAAGUUAAUGGUUGUGAAUUGAUAAGAUCGUACAAAGUUUGUAUUCUGUUUCUAUGUUUAUAAACACUCUCCUACAAAGAAAGGCAUAGUUUAGUCCUGUCUUUAUCUAGUCUUGGUUCUAAAUCUGCAUUGAAUCUAAAAAUUGCAGUUUAACCUGUUUUUUGAAUAUUAUUUAAAAUUUUUCUAAUGGGACAAUAUGUCCUCCUUUGUAUAUACGUAUAAAAGAUUUAUUGUAGCAAAAUAUUUGUCUCCGGCGGAGUUGAUAUCAAGUAGAACUGACUUAACCACACAAUAAUAAGACAGCAUGGUCAUCUUUGUCAUAUGUAUUUUGAUCCUGUUGUGUACUUUGACUUUAUUAUUGAAUAAAGUUAUAAUUUAAAAAUGCA